GGCAACACUGUUUCUGGCAUUUCUAACCUCUCUAUUUUUAUGAACCUAACCUAUAAAAGAACGUAAAAAAAACGUUUAAUUACUUAUUAAAAAGAAUGCCUGUAACAGAAACUUUGAAAAAGCUAGAAAUAAUAUUUACUGAUGAAGAUCUUCCGUAUGAAGAAGAAAUCCUUCGUAAUCCUUAUUCAGUAAAACAUUGGCUUAGAUAUAUAGAUCAUAAAAAGAAUGGACCUAAACAAGCAAUUAACAUAAUUUAUGAAAGAGCACUAAAAGAACUUCCUGGGUCAUAUAAAUUAUGGUAUAACUAUUUAAAAACAAGAAGAAAACAAAUAAAAGGUCGUUGCAUAAUAGAUCCUGGUUAUGAUGAAGUAAACAACGCGUUUGAAAGAGCUUUAGUAUUUAUGCACAAAAUGCCUAGAAUUUGGAUGGAUUAUUGCACCUUUUUAACCGAUCAAUGUAGGAUAACGCGAACACGAAAAGUAUUUGAUCGGGCUUUAAGAGCUCUUCCAAUUACGCAACACCACCGAAUAUGGCCACUAUAUUUAGGUUUUAUUCGAAAACAUGAUAUCCCAGAGACAGCUGUACGAGUUUUUAGGAGAUACUUAAAAUUAUGUCCCGAAAAUACAGAAGAAUAUGUUGAUUAUUUAAAAGAAAUUGAUCGAUUAGAUGAAGCCGCUGUCCAAUUAGCCAAAAUAGUUAACAAUGAAAAUUUCGUUUCUCAACAUGGCAAAUCAAAUCACCAACUUUGGAACGAACUUUGUGAUUUAACAUCAAAAAAUCCCGAUUCUGUGCAUUCACUGAAUGUAGAUGCGAUUAUUCGAGGUGGUUUACGGAGAUACACAGAUCAAUUAGGACAUUUAUGGAAUUCUUUGGCGAAUUAUUACGUUAGAAGCGGCUUAUUUGACCGCGCUAGAGAUAUUUAUGAAGAAGCGGUUCAAACUGUAACUACAGUACGCGAUUUUACCCAAGUUUUUGAUGCUUAUGCUCAAUUUGAAGAGUUAAGCUUGUCGAAACGUAUGGAACAAGUCGCCGCACUAUCAAAUCCGACCGAAGAAGACGACGUUGAUUUAGAAUUGAGGUUAGCGCGAUUCGAAAAUUUGAUGGAACGAAGAUUAUUACUUCUCAAUUCGGUUUUAUUGCGACAAAACCCUCACAACGUACAAGAAUGGCAUAAAAGAGUUAAAUUAUAUGAAGGAAAACCACACGAAAUCAUAAACACUUACACAGAAUCGAUUCAAACGGUUGAUCCGAAAUUAGCAGUGGGAAAAUUACAUACUUUAUGGGUGGAAUUUGCAAAAUUUUAUGAAAAAAACCGACAGAUUGAUGAUGCGAGAUUAAUUUUUGAGAAAGCGACCCAAGUUUCGUUUGUAAAAGUUGAAGAUUUAGCGUCCGUUUGGUGUGAAUGGGCCGAAAUGGAAAUUCGUAAUGAAAACUACGAAAAAGCUCUUGAAUUGAUGCAUAAAGCGACGGUUUUACCAUCCCGCAAAGUUGCUUAUCACGACGACAAAGAAACCGUUCAAUCUCGGUUGUAUAAAUCACUUAAAGUUUGGUCAAUGUACGCCGAUUUGGAAGAAAGUUUCGGUACAUUUAAAACAUGCAAAGCCGUUUACGACCGAAUCUUAGACCUAAAAAUUGCAACUCCCCAAAUCAUAAUCAACUACGGAUUAUUUUUAGAGGAAAAUAAUUACUUUGAGGAAGCGUUUCGCGCUUAUGAAAAAGGAAUUUCACUUUUUAAAUGGCCGAACGUUUAUGAUAUUUGGACGGUGUAUCUAACAAAGUUUUUGAAACGCUAUGGAGGAAGUAAAUUGGAGCGAGCAAGAGAUCUUUUCGAACAGUGCUUAGAAAAUUGUCCUCAAAAAUUUUCAAAACCGCUUUAUUUACUUUACGCUAAAUUAGAAGAGGAACAUGGAAUGGCAAGACAUGCUAUGGCUGUUUAUGAGCGUGCCACAAACGCGGUUUUACCAGAAGAAAUGUUCGAAGUCUUUAAUAUUUACAUAAAAAGGGCUGCGGAAAUUUAUGGCGUCCCAAAAACCAGAACAAUUUACGAAAAAGCAAUCGAAGUCCUCCCAGAAGACAAAACACGCGAAAUGUGCCUAAGAUUUGCAGAAAUGGAAACUAAACUAGGCGAAAUUGAUCGAGCCAGAGCAAUUUAUGCUCAUUGCAGUCAAAUUUGCGAUCCCCGCGUUACAAUGGACUUCUGGAAUAUAUGGAAAGAAUUCGAAGUCCGUCACGGAAACGUGGACACAAUGAGAGAAAUGUUACGUAUUAAACGAAGCGUCCAAGCGAUGUAUAACACUCAAGUUAAUAUGAUGUCAGCACAAAUGUUAAAUUCAGCAGGUUCAGUUGCAGGAACCAUUGCAGAUUUGGCACCAGGCGUUAAAGACGGAAUGCGAAUGUUAGAAGCUAAAGCUGUUGAAAUGGCUGGAACUUCAGGUGUUGGCAAAAGCGGAAAUAUAAUGUUUGUUCGUGGCGAAACGCAAGGAAGUAACAAUGAUAGAGUUGUUAACCCUGAUGAGAUCAAUAUCGACGAUGACGAUAGCGAUCAAGAACAAGAAGGUGUUGAAGAAGAUGCUGAUGUUCCAUUGGAACAACAAAGCGUUCCAUUAAAAGUUUUUGGAGGUUUAAAGAAAAAUAAUGAAAAUGAAGAUGAAUAAGUUUUAAUUUUUAUUGUGUUAAGAUA